AUGCGUGAGAACCAAGCUGAUUGUAAACCUGGUCCGGGUUGUAUCGACCACAUCUUCGCCAAACUAUGGAGCAGCGACAUUCUUUUCGUGGACCCACCCAUCCUCAGUCUGAAAACGGCUUUCGACUCAGUCGAACGCUAUAAACUUCGGCGCUGCCUUUCCCUGAAGGACUCACAAAAGUCGGUGACCACGUUUGUCCACACUCUGAGGAGAGUGUUUGCACCGAACGAGCUGGACUCGAUUCUUUCACCUGUGGAUGACAAAAAGCGUAUGUAUCACUUCUAUCGGCACUGGUGUCUGAAAGAAGCCUACCUCAAGGCAUUGGGUUGCGGUAUUCGUCUCCCCUUGUCGUCUAUCGCAUUUCUAUUACCCAAAUCCACUGAUGAGCCUCCUCGUUGUUUGACAUUGGCAUCUUCAUCUCAAAACUGGUACUUUGAGGAACAUAUCCUCUCGGACAGUCAUGUGGCCGCUGUUGCUUGGUGUUCCGAAGACGCUCUGACCGCCCCGGAGAAACAACCGUUCGAAGAGACGGUUCUUAGUUCAUUACUCAAGGAUUUGAUUCCGUCCACUGCCGUUUCCGAAUGUCAAUGGACCGCAUUUACUGAGAAGCCUCGAGCACCCGCAUUACAACAUCAAGCCGUGGUACUCAACGUGUCAGACUAA